AUGGCUUCCAUUUCCACUUCUUUCCCAUUAACCACCGGGCCACCGCAAGGGUCCCGGCUUAACCGGAGAAAACGGAGGUUAACUGUUUUGGCCGCCAAACAAACCAAGGGAGAUGAUUCGGAGGGAAAGCAAACCGGGAAAUCGCCAGCUUCGAACCCAUUCCGAUUCGAUUUCGGUAAGUUACCGGACAUGACGUCACUGGUGCCGGUAGUGACGAACCCUUCGACCGGUUUAGCGUUUGGUAAUAACAGAAGAAAGGAUCCCGGUACGGUUUUUGUUGCCGGUGCUACGGGACAAGCCGGUAUACGCAUAGCUCAAACGCUCUUGCAACGAGGAUUCAGCGUCAGAGCCGGCGUUCCCGACCUAGGAGCCGCUCAGGACCUCGCUCGUGUCGCGGCUACUUACAAGAUUCUAUCUAAGGAGGAGGUCAAGAGGCUAAACGCGGUGCAAUCCCCAUUCCAAGACGCCGAAUCAAUCGCCAAAGCCAUUGGAAACGCGACCAAGGUUGUAGUUACGGUCGGGGCGACAGAGAACGGUCCUGACGCUCAAGUCUCGACCUCAGACGCGCUUCUCGUGGUUCAAGCGGCUGAGCUCGCCGGCGUAAGCCACGUCGCGAUCGUCUACGACGAGAGCAACAGCGGAUCCACGUACAAUGUUAUCGACGGAAUUACUUCCUUCUUCAGCAACCUUUUCUCUCAAUCUCAGCCGUUGACUAUCUCUGACCUCAUCGAGAAAGUGGCUCAAACGGACGUGGCGUACACGCUCAUAAAGACGAGCUUGACGGAGGAUUCGUCGCCGGAGAAAUCUUAUAACGUCGUUGUUUCAGCUGAAGGGAGUAAAAACGGAAGUGGCAGUAGUUCGUCCGAGGCCUACAAAGUCCCAAAGUUGAAGAUCGCAUCGCUGGUUGCUGACAUUUUCGCCAACACGACAGUGGCAGAAAAUAAGGUGGUGGAAGUUUCUACGGAUCCAUCCGCACCGUUGAAGCCAUUGGAUGAGCUUUUCAGUGUAAUCCCAGAAGAUGGGAGGAGGAAAGUGUACGCAGAUGCAAUCGCAAGGGAAAGAGCAGAGGAAGAGGCGAAACUGGCUGCUGAGAGAGCUCGAGAAGCAGCGGAAGCGGCGAAGGAGCUUGAGAAACAAAUGCAGAAGCUCUCUGAGAAAGAAGCAGAAGCUGCUAGCUUAGCCGAGGAAGCGCAAGAGAAAGCAGAUGCCGUGGGAGUCACGGUGAACGGCUUAUUAAACAAGGCAAAAGAUAUCGGAUCCGGACUGUCCUGGAAUAAACUCGGUUCUCAGUUCGCUACCGCGGUUCAAAACGCUUCAGAAACACCUAAAGUGCAAGUCGCUACGGUCAGAGGACAAGCGAAGGCGAGAAACUUGCCACCCAAGAAAGCAGUGGUGAAACAGAGAAACGUGAGCGCUAAACCCACUACAUCAGCGUUUGCGUCCAAACAGAAGGAAGAACGUCUGAAGAAGCCAGAGAAAGAGGUGAGGAAAGUGUUCGGAGGACUGUUUAAGCAGGAGACUAUCUACGUCGACGACGACUGA